GUCGAGCGUCGCCUGGCCUCGGCGCUGCAGUGCUGUCAGGGCAGGUGGCCCUUCCUGAACUUUACAAAGCCAGAGCUCUACCGCGCCCUCGAGGAAAACUUGCGCAGCACGCCCGAGACAGAGCGUUGGCUUCGGGAGCUGUACGGCCACCGGCGGCGACGCCGGGAGCGAG